CCUUCAACAAUUCCCGUCUGGUUACAGCUAAUCAUACAUUUGUGCAUUACUUGCAAACGGCAGCGACGAAGACGCAGAUAUUUUUCUACUCCAGUCUGGGUCUUCCUCUCUCUCGCGAUUUUCGGACUUAUCCCAGCUUCACUCAGAGACAACGGCUUUUGAAUUCUCGUUCGAUUCACAGCAUCAACUCCGUCGACAUUUUUAUUUUCGAAGAUAGUAAAAUCUAUUUUCGACCCAUGAGUUUAGUGAAUGGUUCAUGUUGAGAAAUGGAUGAGCAAUUACACGAUAAGGAGUCCUUGAUUGCUCGUGUUCUACAGUUGGAACAUGAGCGUGAUGAGUUGCGUAAAGACAUUGAACAAUUGUGCAUGCAGCAAGCUGGAACUAGCUACCUUGCAGUGGCUACUCGAAUGCAUUUCCAGAGGACAGCUAGCUUGGAGCAGGAGAUUGAGAACUUGAGAAAGAAGUUAGCUGCUUGCACAAGAGAGAACUCAAAUCUUCAUGAGGAGCUUUCAGAGGCUUAUCAUAUCAAAGGCCAAUUUGCAGAUUUACAUGCUGCAGAGGUCUCGAAGAAUAUGGAAGCAGAGAAGCAGCUUAAAUUUUUUCAAGGGUGUGUUGCUGCUGCAUUUGCUGAACGUGAUCAUUCAGUGAUGGAGGCAGAGAAAGCUAAGGAGAAUGAAGAAUUCAUGUCGCAGAAAUUGAACAACUUCAAGAGAAGGGUGGAAGAGCUUACCUCUGAUUUUCUUAAAGAAAAGGAACUCACAGCUGAACUGCAGAUUGAUCUAGAGGAGCAGAAAAAGCAGAAUGAUACUUUCAAAAAGGUUACUGAUAAAUUUUAUGAGAUAAGGCAAUAUUCUCUGAAGGGCUUUUGUGAGGAGAGAAGCUGGGAAGAUAAAUGUGACUUCCUUCUGAAUGAUUCAGCAGAAAUGUGGAGUUUCAGUAACCAUGGGGAAACUUCCACCUCUAAAUACAUUAAUGCUUUAGAAGAAGAAGUGGAGACAUUGAGAAAAUCUGUGGAUAGUCUUCAAAACAAGCUUUCUGUGGGAUUGGAAAUUGAAAAUCAUUUAAAGAAGAAAGUCCGUGAUUUGGAAAAGAAGAAUACUGUUUCUGAGAAAAAGAUCAAGAAGGGGAUAUCAGGGUUACUUCAUUACCAUUCUCAGCACAAGGCUGAAGUCAUGGGUUUACUUGAUGAGGGAUAUUCCCAUAUCAAAUCAAUUAUUCAUGCUGUAGAAGAAAAGAUGAGGCAACUUGAUGCAAGCAAACAGUCAAAUUGGGAUUCUCCUCAUAAAGAUGUAACAGUAGAAGAAAAUGGCUGCCGAGAUGUGCACCUAAAUAAUGCUGCUGGACCAAACUUGACCAAUAAGUGGAGCAGCCCUGAUUUAUCAAAUUCUAUGACUGCUGAUCUAAUUGAUGCCUCUCAAGCUCUUGCACAGGCAUUAAAAGAGAAGGUUGCUGCUUUAUUACUUUUAUCCCAGCAGGAAGAAAGGCAUUUACUGGAGAGAGGUGUAAAUGCAGCUCUUCAAAAAAAAUUGGAGGAACUUCAGAGAAACUUAUUACAAGUGACAAAUGAGAAGGUAAAGGCUCUUAUGGAGUUGGCACAUGCAAAGCAGGAAUAUCAACUUCUAAAAGAGAAUAUCAAUGAUUCAUCAUUGAGACAAAGAACACUCUUGGCUGAAAUUGGGGGAAAGAAGAUUGUUCCGGAAAAAGAUGGAAGGUUAAAAAACUUGUUGAAGAAAUCGUAUCUGAGACGCUGGAUUGGCACAUUGGAUUCCCCUGGAGAUGAAGCUGAAACGCACAUGAAUUAUGGAGGGUAUGUUGGUGAUGGAAGGUCUACGUAUAGCAUGGAUAUUGCGAGGAUGAAGAUUGAAAAUGCAACCCUUAAGGAGAGCGUAGAGAGUAUGGAGCAUCUGACGUCGGCAGUUCGUAGACUUCGUCUUUCACUUUUAAAGGUUAAAGAAUCAGUACCCUCUCAAGAUACAAUUUCUGGCAUGUCUGAAUCUCUUGAUGAUGUUCUCAAUGAGGCAAAACUUUUGAAGAUGGCUAUUGGCAGCUCUCUUCCUGUCAGCUGGUCAGCUGAGGCAGGUGACCAAUCAACCGAUCAAACUUUCGACCAUGAGGCGAAUGAUUUUAGCACCAAUUCCAGCACCGAAAAAGUAGAUUUUGUUUGCGCCGCAGGGUUUGAGAUGGUGGAGAGCCUAAUCUUUGCAGUUCAAAUAUUGAAGGAACACACAAGUAAGAGAGAGGCCCCAGAGAUGGAAGUUGCUACCUAAUUACAAAGCACGAGGACAGCCAAAGAUUCAAGUGACACCUUGUACAGCUAGCUUAUGAUGCCCGGUCCAUUAUUAUGUACAUACGUGUUCAUCUUGUAAUAGUAUAGGAGGUAGAAAAUAGUAUUUGCAGCCAAAUGCUGAUGUUCCCCUUUAGAUGAAUGAGUGCUAGGCUAUGAUUGAAGUAGAUCCGGGGAGAAAAACAUUGAGAAACUAAUCCCUGGGGUGUCAGUUGUACAGUGGCAAUGUUUAGUGGGUUCUUUUGCUGCAUAGAAGAACAUCCCAGAGGUUUAAGAUUAACACUAGACUUUGUAUUCGUUAUUUUGUAUUGGUGAUGAUGAUAUUAAGAAUUGAGUUUACAA